AUGGUCCUGAGUGGGGCGCUGUGCUUCCGAAUGAAGGACUCGGCCCUGAAGGUGCUCUAUCUGCACAACAACCAGCUUCUGGCCGGAGGGCUGCACGAGGGGAAGGUCAUUAAAGGUGAGGAGAUCAGUGUUGUCCCCAAUCGGUCACUGGAUGCCAGUCUGUCUCCAGUCAUCCUGGGUGUCCAGGGAGGGAGUCAGUGCCUGUCGUGUGGGACAGAGAAGGAACCAACUCUGAAACUGGAGCCCGUGAACAUCAUGGAGCUCUACCGCAGCGCCAAGGAGUCCAAGAGCUUCACCUUCUACCGGAGGGACAUGGGACUCACCUCCAGCUUUGAGUCAGCCGCCUACCCAGGCUGGUUCCUCUGCACAGCGCCCGAGGCUGACCAGCCUGUGAGGCUCACCCAGAUCCCCAAGGACGCUGCUUGGGACACCCCCUGGGACGCCCCCAUUACGGACUUCUACUUCCAGCCCUGUGAUUAG